AUGGCAUAUAAGAGUAAUAAUUUACAUGUCGGUUUGACUAGGAAAGAAAAAACAUUUGUAAUUUGUAGUUGUCAAAACAAAUCAAGUAAAUAUUUAAAACUUAAAAACCUCGCAGCCAGCGCUAUAAAAGAAAACAAAAUAUUUGCUGUGUACGGCAACUGUAAUGCUGUAAGAAAAGCCUUGAUAGAGCGCGGUUGGGUCGAAAAGAUUCCACCGAACCGAAUGAAUCUGUCAAAAAUAAGAAAUGGAACAUGUUCUAGUAAAACGGAUAUUCAAAAUGAACUGGAGAGAUUGCUACUAUCAAACCUAAUUGAAAAAUGCAAUCCAAAUUUUGUUUGGCGUACAAGAGAUCAAAGGAGAGACACUACCAUCGAUAUGAAUAAAGAUUGCCGCACUAUUAUCAAUAAAUUGGAAAUAGAUGCAUUAUGGACUUCAAAACAGGGGUUAUGCUCUUCUCUUAAACGAAAUUACUGGUUUUAUAUCGAAGACAUUGCAGAAGUAAAUGCUCCAAGAUCAUAUAAUACAUCUGAUUUCGGAGAACUAGAAAGUUUUGAAAAAGAUUUUAAAAUAACAGCUUGUACAAGUUUAUUAAAAUGGAUUUUAUCAAUGGUUGCCAAUGAUAGGCCAAUUUUUCAACCAACAGGCAAAAUAUCCUUGAACAUUAUCGUAUUUGCUUUAAAUAGAUGCAAAGAAUAUUUAUUUCAGAAACAAAACAAAGACAUAGAUACAGAAAUUCCAGAAGUACGCGAAAGCCAAUGGAGUUCAUUCCUAAAAAAGUAUUAUUGUAUAAUAUCAAAAGAUGAAGUGUUUCAAGAAGACACGAGAAACAAAAUUCCCUUGUAUUUGAGUUAUGCUAAAUUUCUAUUGAAAGAAGUAUAUAGAUAUCGUCCACAGCUUAGCUGCGAAGGUUGCCACAAUAUUUGGAUCAUUAAACCAGCUUACUGUUCUAGAGGAAGAGGUAUCAGGAUGGCCUCUAAGUUGGGGGUCAUAACAAGCAUAUUGACUAAAGCCAAUUCAAAAUUCGUCAUUCAAAAGUACAUUGAGGAACCGCUCUUGAUCUACGAAACCAAGUUCGAUAUAAGACAAUACUACUUGGUAACCAGCACAUAUCCACUUGUAAUAUGGAUGUAUACUGAUUGUUACUUGAAGUUCAGUUCACAGAGAUAUAAUUUAAAAAACUAUCAUGAAUCAAUUCAUUUGACGAAUAAUGCUGUGCAAAAGAAAUACACCAACUGUAUAGGAAGACAUACUGAAUUACCGAACCAAAAUAUGUGGGAUUCAGAUAAAUAUAAGCAUUACCUAAAUAAAAUUGGAAAAGAAAACGUUUGGGAUACUAUUAUCUACCCAGGAAUGAAAAAAUCUAUUAUUGGUAUCAUGCUUGGUUGUCAAGAUACAUUGUCAGUUAGUAAGAAUCGUUUUGAAUUAUAUGGAUGUGACUUUCUUUUGGACAAAGAAUACAGACCUUGGCUCAUUGAAAUCAACUCCUGUCCAGACUUAAAUCAUACAACUGCAGUCACAGCAAAAAUGUGCCCUGCAGUUAUAUCUGAUAUCAUAAAAGUCGUAAUUGACUUCGCAAAGAACCCAAAAGCUGCAACAGGAAAGUUCGAAUGUAUUUAUCGACAGCCAAUGACGUUACCGCGUUAUGGCAGUGCAGCAGAACUAUUUGUUCGUGGUUAUUCACUGUCCAAUGAAUAUUUUUACAAAGGAAAUAUUGAAAUUCAAGAAUCUUACGCUGAUCCAACCAUCGGGAAGGAAAGUAAUAUAAAGGCAGUUCUACAAAAACUGAAACAAUUACAUGAAAUGGAUGAUGACAUAAUGAAACAACCAGAGGACGACCUGGCUUUUCCUGAAACUAAAGAUAGAGACACCUGUACACACAAGACUCUGUCUGAAUACGAAUUAAGUGUGACUGCUGCUGUUAUUACAGAGCAGUUAAACGAACUUAUGGAUAGAGUUACAUCCGACAGCAGCUUCAAUACUAAAAAGUCUGAAUGUGAAGAAACUUCUUGCCCAAAACAAAACAUCUGUAGCGUAACUAAUAUAUCAACUUUGUUAAGAAAAUCAGUUUGCAACUUUAUGCCUGGAGAAACAAUGGAAAAAGCAUUCAGAUUUAGCAAGUUAGAUGAUGGACCACGAGGGAAGGGUAGUAUCGUAGAACUAAACGAUAUCGAGAAAAUAUUUUACAAUCUUACAUUGAACAACAAUGUGGCUAAAUGUUCGCCGUCAACAAAUAUACAAAGAAAUUAUUCACAAGAUGUCUUAAAGGCAACAACAAAACUUGUUUCUUUUAUAAAUAGAAAAGAAAAAGAAUACCGUAAAUAUAUAUAA